UGUCAGCCAUUACAACUAUUGUUGCAGCCUUUCAGAAACUUGUAGCAUUUGAAAAGUUUUCGGAGAAGAGCAUUAGCAUUAGCGGAUAUAGAAACCUAAAAUUCAAUAACUUCAUUAACUAUUUGAAAAGUUUAUGCACACUUCUACAAAGAAGCCCAACAGGUCGAAAUGGGCCCAAUCAAAGAAUGAAAAAAUUAUACCCAAUUGCAGAGGUGGCAUAACGUUGAUGGUAAUUUGUCAGAUGGCCGGAGAUGAAGCAAGUAGAAGGCGUUUACCCUCAUGGAUGAAGAAGCCCGAUGAUGGAGAUAAAACCAACAACCCUGCGCCCAAAAACAAGAUUUCUUCCCAAACCAAGAAGAAACCUACAACAAUUUCAACUCAACCACUUACCACUAUCAAUAAAAGGAAAGUGAGCAAGUCCAAUAAGCUUGUACCGCGCGAUGAUGGAGAAGGAGAAUUGAGUGUCGAGGAUCUUUUAAGCAUCGCAAAAGAGUAUGUCCAAAAUGAUUUAGAUACACCUGCUGAAUUACAGUCUUUGGAUAGAGAUUUAGAAACCCUAAAUCAACCUUUGGAAUCUACCUCCACUGAGGAUGGGAUAAUAAGCAGUUGUAAUUUUACUAGUGCGCAAAGUGGAACAGGGGAUUUUAAACAGGAUAUGCUGGAUCUAUUUUUCGGUCCUUUGUUGAAGAAACCUCGGGAGGACAAAGAAAAGAAGAUUGAAUUUAGUACAAAUGAUGAAGGGUUUAGGCAGCUCUGUCAGAAUAAUGUUGGAGAUGAGAUGGUAUCCCACGUGAAAUUGAAGAGCAGUCUCAAAGACAAGGUAGCAAUGUUUCUUGACUGAAUAGAAUUUUUUAUUCUAUUAGCACAACCUGUUUCCAAUGAGAAAGCAGUGAUGUUCAGAUGAUUAAAGUACCAUAUCUUUUUUCAAAGAUUAAAUUUCUGUAUAUGCUUAUCACUUCUUGAUAUCUUUGUAUUUCUCAAAUUUUAUUUAUUCUAUUAGUAUUGCUAUGUAUAUAACCGUUUGAAUGGAUUGCAUUUAAAUGAGGCAAUAGCAUAGUCUGAUGAGUUGCCAUGGAAUACCCAUUACUUGUAAAGAAAUCUUUAAUUCACCUUCUGUUUCCCUGAUCGAUUAUUGUUUUCUUGCCA